UCCGCCAUCGCGACCGCUCGCUCCACGCUUACGACCUUCUUGUAGGCCGCUCAUGCCCCACACCACCGGCUAAUUGUUACCCAUCUACAGUGACUGUUCGCUCUCCUUCGAGGCUUGCCACAUUCACACCACUUUAAUUCUGCUCAAAACAAAAAUGGAUGUCCCACUGGCCGGAGGAGGGACUGCCCAAUUGCAGGACACAGUCCAGGGGGACACUGACCACUACAGCACGGAAUCAAGCAGGCUUGGACCCUCUCCGUACCAAGAUACCCUUGGUGUAGCUGAUCCCCACGCGCCUCAUCUAGUCCUACCCCCAGUGUCAGUCCCCACCCCCCAGCAUCUGCCUCUGCAUCAGGCAGUAGAGACCCAGGCACACAUGGGUGUGUCUUCUCUAGACAACAGGUCCUCGCCAAUUAAGACGGAACCAGAGUUGACCAACAGAGAAACAUGGACGUCAUAUGCGUCUGCUGUUUGUGACGUUACAGAUUCGGCAUCUUUGACGAUGAAGUCUGCGUUUGACCCCCCACCACAGUAUUCUGAAGCUCAGAUCUCGGUUUACUCUGCAAUCAACCACCCCGUGAGGUCGCCACACCUUAUAGACCCAAUGAUGCCCCAGCCCCAAGAUGGGGAGGACUUACCCCCUUAUGACAACACAGGUCUUGUGCACCAGACUCCCUCCCCGAGUCUGUAUGCGGGAUACAGGGGUAACAAGUUGGAAGAACCACACAACCUGUCACGUGCUCGAGUGUCUCCAGACCCCAAUACGCAUCACCAACAGCAGCAGCAGCAGCAGCAGCAACAACACCAUCAUCAACAGCACCAACACCACCAGCAACAACAGCAGCAACAUCCGCAGCAGCAACAACAGCACGACAAAAAAGUUAUCGUUCCUGCAGAUGUAUCUUUGUGGUCACAAGUGCAUGUCCAACAGUGGUUAGACUGGGCUAUCCAGGAGUACGGCCUCCGUGACGUCGACAACUCCAAAUUCCAACACAUCGACGGCCAACAACUCUGUCGGAUGAGCAGGGACGACCUUUGUCGCUUGGUGUCGCCCCACAACGCAGACAUGCUGUACAGACAUCUAGCCUACCUCAGACAAGGAACAAGUCCCGCCCGUCAGACACCAGAACUGACAGAGACCUGUCCCGGCCCCAUAGGGAUGCAGCGGGCUAGCUACGUGCACAACAGUGGGGGGACAGUCUACGGUUCUCCCAAACCUCCAGGUGAGAUAAUGACAGAGCCCCCAUUUUCCAAGUCGCCUUGGACGCCUCAACCCAACCAUGCUGCUCAAGCUUACCCCCCUACAUCAAUCACAAGCAUGAAGCCAAACAUCGAGAGCCCGCAUGCGCAUUCGCAGUGGAGACCACAAAAUCCCUACGACCUUUUCACGCCGAUUGCUACAAGACUGUCGAGUUCAGGCAGCGGUCAGAUCCAGCUGUGGCAGUUCCUGCUGGAGUUGUUGUCGGACAGCCAGAACGCCGCCUGCAUCACGUGGGAGGGGACAAACGGGGAGUUCAAACUCGUGGACCCGGAUGAAGUCGCCAGACGCUGGGGGGAGAGGAAAAGCAAGCCCAACAUGAACUACGACAAACUGAGCCGUGCACUGCGGUACUACUACGACAAGAACAUCAUGACGAAGGUUCACGGCAAGAGAUACGCCUACAAGUUUGACUUUGCCGGUUUGGCACAGUGUCUCCAGCAGAAUUCCGGGGACACCUCCGCGUUCCGCUACCAGCAGGACAUGUUCAUGUCAGGCUACCCAAGUCCCAAGUUUCCCACGGCUCACUCAACCAUAUCCUCCCCACCCACGGGUCUGUUCGGGGGAAACACGGGGUACUGGUCCAACACGAACAGUAAUAUAUUCUCGGGGAUUCCCGGACCAGUGAUUCCACACCAUACAGGUCACUUCAGCUCACAUCUGGGAACGUACUAUGCGCACUAAACCCUUCGUUCGCCGUUUGUACAUACUGUACAUAGACCUACUGCUGACUCUGGGAAAUGAAAUCAGUGGUGUUAUGACAUUGGCAUUGGCCAUAGAUGUCCGCGACCACUGUUCCUGGUUAUUCAACAUAUCGACGUCUGGUGCGGAUGGUGGACGCUCAUGACGAGGGUCAAUACGUAUGGAAUUAAUAACUUUCUAGUCUCUUCAUAGCUCACCUGAUAAACAGAUAACAUGUACCGUGUUUACUGUAAAAGAUGCGAGAGCCUGGCAUUCUAGUGCUAUAACACUUUCAAGUGCUAGUAGGGGUAGCGGAAUACAUAUCAUGCCCCGGGUAUUGAACCUGUUUCCUGCCUCCCAUAUGUUAGUUGAUAUAUAUCAUGCCCCCAUUAUGCAAUUGUAUUUUAUGUCAUGCCCCCGUAUGUAGUAUACUAUUUUGUCUGAUGCCCCUGAUAUAUUAUGCAUUUUAUCUCAUUCCCCGUUAUGUAAGUCUACUUUUGUUUUAUCUGAUGCCCCAUUUCUAUUAUCAUUUUUAUCUCUUGUCCCUAUUAAACAUUUUUUAUCUCAUGUCCCGUUAUGUAGGUAUACUAGGAUUUUAUCUGAUGUCCCAUUUCUAUUAUCAUUUUUAUCUCUUGUCCCUUUUAAACAUUUUUUUAUCUCAUGUCCCGUUAUGUAAGUAUACUAUGAUUUUAUCUGAUGUCCCAAUUUUAUUAUCAUUUUUAUCUCUUGUCCCUAUUAAUCAUUUUUUAUCUCAUGUCCCGUUAUGUAAGUAUACUAUGAUUUUAUCUGAUGUCCCAUUUCUAUUAUCAUUUUUAUCUCUUGUCCCUAUUAAACAUUUUUUUAUCUCAUGUCCCGUUAUGUAAGUAUACUAUGAUUUUAUCUGAUGCCCAAUUUCUAUUAUCAUUUUUAUCUCUUGUCCCUAUUAAACAUUUUUUUAUCUCAUGUCCCGUUAUGUAAGUAUACUAUGAUUUUAUCUGAUGCCCCAUUUCUAUUAUCAUUUUUAUCUCUUGUCCCUAUUAAACAUUUUUUUAUCUCAUGUCCCGUUAUGUAAGUAUACCAUGAUUUUAUCUGAUGCCCCAUUUCUAUUAUCAUUUUUAUCUCUUGUCCCUAUUAUACAUUUUUUUUAUCUCAUGUCCCGUUAUGUAAGUAUACCAUGAUUUUAUCUGAUGCCCCAUUUCUAUUAUCAUUUUUAUCUCUUGUCCCUAUUAUACAUUUUUUUAUCUGAUGCCCGUUAUGUAAGUAUACUAUUAUUUUAUCUGAUGCCCCCAUGUGACCCACUGGUUAAAAGUGCGCAUGUCAGAGAUGCGGCUCUUGGAUACGCCAGAAACCUUUGAUUGUGGGUUCACCCCGAUUAUGUUUCUAGGUUUGUCAGCACCAUAACCAUGCUCGACAUCAUAAAUGACAUGUUCAUGUGUUUUUUCUAUUACCCCGAAUUCUUAGAGCGUUUUUCCCAUGCCCGUGAAUAGAAUAUUUCACUUGAUUCACUUGAAAAUAUGAAAAUAUAUCAGUACGCCAACACCGUAUACACGACUAGGACAUGUAAUCUAAGUUGUCCGAGUUGUACUCUAGAAAACGUUGAUUGGAGGUUCGAAUCCAAUAUUAUCAGAUUUUGGUCUGUAAGGACCAGAGCUUUGUUUUCACCAUGUGAAUGUCAUUCGCUUCCAAAUGUUCAUAAAUUGCAUUUCGAGCCACCCCCUCCCCCUCUCAAAGGCAAAUGUACAGGGCGUCCGUGUCUCAGAUAUUGUAUAUACAUUUUCAGUGCCAAGUUCAAUGAUUUUACCAUUGUGUACCAAUUCUACCAUUCAGGGUCUGUCAUGUACUUAACAAUUUAUUGAACGCCAUCAGACUGUCACAUCCCAUGUCGAGGUCCAUACUAUCACCCAUUCUCAGUCUUUUUUGUAUAGUCCUUUUUGUGUAGCUCACCUGAAAUAUUAUCGACUCUAGUCAGGAUGCUGCUUCAUUAUAAUUUUACCAGGUGAGCUAUGCUUUGUAUGUACAGUAAAAAAACUUGAAUACUUUUUAAAAUAAUUUAUUUCACAUGAUUUGCAUAAUGUUAUUUCCUGUAAGGGAAUUAACUAUAUUUUGUUUAACCUUCAAUUGUUUGUAAUUAAUAUUGACAACAGAGAUUAAAAACAAUUCGACGGAUA